AUGGUGUCUCCCUUUGUCUCCUUUGUCUCUUAUUGUCUCCUUUUGCUGCUUCUCGUUUUGUCUCCUUUCUUGCAGGCAGCAGAGGGCGGCGCCGAUCCUGCUGACGAUCCCUUCGCGCUGCUGCUCUCCCCUUCCCCACAGCAGCAGCAGCAGCAGCAGCAGCAGCAGCAGCUGCAGCAGCUGCAGCAGCACGUCAAGAGUGCGCCUUCAGCUGCAAGCGGAGAUAGCAUGGAUCUUCAGGGGCUCUUUGAAGCCCCAACUGGCGACGCUGGUGUGGGUUCUUUGCGCCUCGACUCUGCCGGGAACCUGGUGGUAGCAGAUGGGCCCAAAGAGGCAUUUUGCUGCAGGCACGUCUAG